AUGUCAAGCGAUAACAGUUUGAACGAAAGUAUGGACAGUGAUCUGUAUUAUUACGAUUUUUCAGAUACAGACGAUGAUCUGUAUUGUCACGAGUGUGUGCUACCGAGUCCCAUAUCGUUUGCAUCCUGUGUGAAGGAGAAUAGUCAUUGGAAUUUAGCUACACAUCAUUUACGGAGAGCGAUUGGAAAUCAAUGUCCGCGAGAGAUUUUGUGGAUGAAAAGCGUAAUAGCUCUCGAUAGUCGCGCGAGAAAAUGUCUACAUUAUUUUCAUACGAGCAAGAAGUUGUCGUUUCACGUUGUUGACUGUGCUAGGACGAACGAUUGCGCUGUUAUUCUUCCGAACGAGAACGACAAGUGGUUGUCGUUUCGUAAUCAUAACAAAAAGGAGCGACUUCCCUUUGUGGUUUACGCCGAUUUGGAGUGUAUACUGGAAAAGAAGACCAGUGAUGAAAAUAUAUCGAGGUUCACUUAUCAACAUCACAGGGUUUUCAGCGUAGGCUAUUACAUACGUUGUGCAUACGAUGAAACUAUGUCAGUAUACAGAUCUCGUCGCGGUGAGGAUUGCGUAUUGUGGUUUGUCAAUGAAUUAUACGAUUUGGCGCAUCGCGCGAAAACGAUAUUUGAUAAGAACAUUACUAUGACGGGGCUUACUUCGGACGAGUGGGAAAACUUUCGAGACGCGUCUUAUUGCCACAUCUGUGAAAGACCGUUCGAGGAAGGAGAUUUGCGCGUGCGCGAUCAUUGUCAUUUAACCGGACGUUACAGAGGUCCCGCGCAUUCAUGUUGUAAUUUAAAUUAUCAAAAGUCGUACGUUAUUCCUAUGUUUUUUCAUAACUUGUCGGGUUAUGACGCGCAUUUUAUCAUAAAAGAUAUCGCUAAUAGUUUUGAGGGUAGCGUGUAUUUGUUACCGAUAACGAAAGAAAAUUAUAUAUCGUUUACGAAAUAUGUCAAGGAUACGGCGAAAGUCAAGUGGGGAACGGACAAUGUGAAACUGCGUUUUGUGGAUUCUUUUAAAUUUCUCAGUACUAGUCUUGAGAAAUUGGUAUCGUAUCUCGACAAGAGUAAAUUGACAAUCACGCGGUCGGAAUUUCGCAAUCUUAACACCGAGGAUUUUGAUCUGCUUACGCGUAAAGGAGUGUUUCCGUACGAGUACGUCAACAGCGUUGAUAAGCUGGACGAGACUAGUUUACCGCCGCGCGAGUCGUUUUACAGUUCGUUAACCGACGAGGUCGUUUCCGAGGACGAUUAUCAAUACGCGACGAACGUUUGGCGACGCUUUUGCACAGAAACUCUUGGUGAUUAUAGCGAUUUGUAUCUCAAGACGGAUGUGCUUUUAUUGGCGGACGUUUUCGAAAAUUUUCGUGAUACGUGUAUCGAGAGUUACGGCUUGGAUCCGACGUAUUAUUACACUCUACCGGGAUACACGUGGGACGCUAUGUUGAGAUACACCGGUAUUCGAUUCGAAUUGCUCACCGACAUCGACAUGGUGAUGUUUGUGGAGCGUGGUAUACGCGGUGGUUUAAGCCAAUGUUCGCAUAGAUAUGCGCGAGCUAAUAACAAGUAUGCACCUUCGUACGAUCCUUCGGAACCCUCGACGUACCUCAUGUACUUCGAUGUGAAUAAUUUGUACGGUUGGGCGAUGUCCGAAUCCUUACCGUAUGGAGAAUUUCAAUGGGUCGAUGACGUCGAGCGCUUUGACAUAAUGUCUGUGUCGUUAGACUCCGUUAUCGGUUAUAUUCUAGUCGACCUUGCGUAUCCGCAAAGCGUUCAUGACGCUCAUACUGACCUUCCAUUCUGUCCCACUCGCGAACGGCCUCCCGGAAAGCGAAAUGAUAAACUGCUGGCUACACUCUACGAUAAGGAGCGCUAUGUCAUGUACUAUCGCAAUUUGCAACAAUGCAUUCAGCACGGAUUAUACGUGAAAAAAAUUCAUCGAAUAUUACAAUUCGCACAAUCCCCAUGGCUUCGCGGAUACAUCGAACUCAAUACGAGAUUCAGAAAGCUCGCGAAUAACGAAUUCGAGAAGAAUCUUUACAAAUUGAUGAAUAACGCGGUAUUUGGAAAAACAAUGGAGAACGUACGCGAUCAUGUUGACGUUCGACUCGUAACGCGUUGGGACGGAAGAUACGGUGGGAAAGUGAUGAUAGCGAAACCGAACUUUCACAGCAGAAGUGUCUUUUCCGAAGAUCUAAUUGCUGUCGAAAUGCGCAAACUCGAGGUAAAAUUGAACAAACCGAUAUACGUAGGUAUGUGCAUUCUCGAAAUAUCCAAGAUGCGUCUGUAUGAAUUUCACUACGAUUACGUAAUGCCGUUGUAUCGCGAUAAAUGUAAGAUCAUGUACACGGACACUGACAGUUUGAUAUAUCUUUUGGAGUGUGAAAAUGUAUACGAGAAUAUCAAGCGUGAUAUCGCGAGAUUCGACACGAGCGAUUACCCUGAGGGAAACGCGUAUGAUAUUCCACGCGUUAAUACCAAAAUACCCGGUUUGAUGAAAGAUGAAAAUAACGGCGCGAUUAUGACGGAAUUCGUAGGACUCAGAGCGAAGAUGUACGCAUUUAGAGUGAUCGGGAGAAGCGAUACGAAGAGAAUAAAGGGUGUGAAGAAAAACGUAGUCGCGAAAACGAUCACUUUCGACGAUUACACGCGUUGUUUGAAUGACGUAAUGGAACAGCUGAGACGGCAGUCGUGCAUACGAUCGACAUUGCACGAGGUCUACACGGUGUCUUUGAGAGGAGACCUCGAGUCCGAAGGCCGAGCGUGUCUGCACAAGAACCAUCGGAUCCGGAUGACACGCCGGCAGCAGCAGUACAGAGGAGACCGUGCGAGCAGCCGAGAGGACGCCAGCCUGGAAUCGAAUCCCGCGCGCUCAAGGAUCUAG